AUGUUCGGUAAAAUUGCUUCAAGAAAUUUCUCAUCAACUGCUUCAACUGCUUAUAAAGUUGCUGUUUUAGGUGCUGGUGGUGGUAUUGGUCAACCAUUAUCAUUAUUAUUAAAAUUAAAUCAUAAAGUUACAGAUUUAGCAUUAUAUGAUAUUAAAGGUGCUCCAGGGGUUGCUGCUGAUGUUUCACAUGUUCCAACUAAUUCAACUGUUAAAGGUUAUAAUCCCGAUCAAAUUAAAGAAGCUUUAACUGGUUCAGAUGUUAUUGUUAUUCCAGCUGGUGUUCCAAGAAAACCAGGUAUGAGUAGAGAUGAUUUAUUUAAUACUAAUGCUUCAAUUGUUAGAGAUUUAGCAAAAGCUGCAGCUGAAUAUUCACCAAAUGCUGCUUUAUUAAUUAUUUCAAAUCCUGUUAAUUCAACAGUACCAAUUGUUGCCGAAGUUUUAAAAGAAAAAGGUGUUUAUAAUCCAAAAAAAUUAUUUGGUGUUACUACUUUAGAUGUUUUAAGAGCUUCAAGAUUUGUUUCAGAAGUUGCUGGUACUAAUCCUGUAAAUGAAAAAGUUACAGUUGUUGGUGGUCAUUCAGGGGUUACAAUUAUUCCAUUAUUAUCUCAAACUGUUCAUAAAAGUUUACCAACCGAUAAAAGAGAUGCUUUAGUUCAUAGAAUUCAAUUUGGUGGUGAUGAAGUUGUUAAAGCUAAAGAUGGUGCAGGUUCAGCUACUUUAUCAAUGGCUCAAGCUGGUGCAAGAUUUGCAAGUUCAGUCUUGGAUGGUUUAGCUGGUGAAAGAGAUGUUAUUGAAUGUACUUUUGUUGAUUCACCAUUAUUUAAAGAUGAAGGUGUUGAAUUCUUUUCAUCAAAAGUUACUUUAGGUGUUGAUGGUGUUGAAAAAGUUCAUGGUUUAGGUGAAUUAUCUGAUUAUGAAGAAGGUUUAGUAAAAGAAGCUAAAGAUACUUUAAUUAAAAACAUUAAAAAAGGUACUGAUUUUGCUAAACAAAAUCCAUAA